CUGCAGGGAGGGGGCAUCCACACUUUUGGAUUAACGUGAUAAAGAACCAUAAAAUUGCAAGUAGGAUUAAGGUAGAUUAGGAAUGAUUAUUCAGUGCUUCAGUAUAAUUCGUGGGUUAUUCGUUUCUAAAACAAACAUUUGCAGCACAGUAAGAGAAACUAGGGAGUGGCAAGUACAAAACAAAAGGGAUUGAAGUGAGGGAUCUUGUUAUGCAGGGAAAGGUCAUAGGGCUACCAAAAAGACUGAAAAAAACCCUCAAAAAUGUAAGUGUUUUUUUGACAGAGUUUCUGGGUUGCACAACAUCUGGAAGCAAAGAAAAUAUUUUGCUAAAGCAUUGCUGUAUUUUUGCCCAUGUAUUGCACUGUUUCCAUCUGAGCUAGCUGGAAACAGAUUCUAUGUGUAUGUGGGUGUAUUGAGAAACACAGUGCAGGUAUAUUCACUAAUUUUGGGGACCUUGCAUGCAUUUCCUGCAAGAAGUACCUAAAAAACUAGUAAAUAAUAGAUGUUUAGAAUGAUCUGUUGAUUUUGGCAUACACAUUUGUGCUGAUGCAAGAGUGAAAUCUGACAAAGUUGAUUCUAGUUAAAAGCAUGCUGAGAUGAAAGCUUCUAAUUUGCCCUUUUUUGUUACACUAAUGUGUGUUUCUGUAUGCAUCUGAUGUUCAUUUUUAGAAUAACAGAAUAAGAUUUUUUUUUUUAAAGGCAUAAACAAAUUCUACAGUUGAAGAGAAGGCCAGAGGAUCUUUAAGGGCUUGAGAAGGGUGGAUUCAACUGCAUUUUUCAUAGUAAACAGAUUAUUCUGUGUUUUCAAAGGACUGUUUUGUUUUCACGAUGUUUGGGGACUUAUUUGAAGAGGAUUUUUCCUUUAUUUCAAACAAUCAUUAUGGAAAAGGGAAGAAAUCAAAGCCCAAAGAUUCUGAGCCUCCAGCUCCCAGGGAUUUCACCAAUCUUAGUGGUAUCAAAAACCAAGGUGGGACCUGCUACCUCAAUUCCCUUCUGCAGACUCUGCUUUUCACGCCAGAAUUCAGAGAGGCACUGUUCUCUCUAGGACCUGAAGAGCUUGGGACUCUGGAUGAUGUCAGCAAACCAGAUGCAAAAGUUCGGAUAAUUCCAUUACAGCUUCAACGGUUAUUUGCCCAGCUCCUGCUCUUAGAUCAGCAGGCUGCAUCUACAACAGACCUUACUGAGAGCUUUGGUUGGAACAGCAAUGAGGAAAUGAGGCAGCAUGAUGUGCAGGAACUGAAUCGGAUUCUGUUCAGUGCUUUGGAGACUUCUCUUGUGGGAACUUCAGGUCAUGACCUUAUUAAUCGAUUGUACCACGGGACUGUUGUCAACCAGAUUGUUUGUAAGGAAUGCAAGAACGUCAGUGAGAGGCAGGAAGAUUUUUUAGACCUAACAGUGGCAGUAAAAGGUGUAGCUGGUUUGGAGGAGGCCCUGUGGAACAUGUAUGUGGAAGAGGAAUACUUUGAAAAUGAAAACUUGUAUCGAUGUGGAGCCUGUGAUAAACUGGUUGAGGCAUCAAAGUCAGCUAAACUACAUAAGUUGCCUCCCUUUCUCACCAUCUCUCUCCUGAGAUUUAACUUUGACUUUGAGAAGUGUGAACGAUACAAGGAAACUAGUUGCUAUACCUUCCCUAUGCAGAUAAAUCUGAGGCCUUUUUGUGAGCAGACUGAAAUGGAUGAUUCAGAGUACAUGUAUGAGCUCUUCUCUGUUAUUAUACAUAAAGGUGGCUGCUAUGGAGGACACUAUCAUGUUUAUAUCAGAGAUGUGGAUGAAUUAGGAAACUGGCAAUUACAAGAAGAUGAGGAUAGGCUGACUGAAGAUAAGCCUUCAAGAGAGAAUGAAAAUGCCAAAGAAACAGAAAAUCCAUUGGCAGUGUUGAAAGGGAUUUUAUCAGAGGAAGAAUGUAAACAAAUUCCUGUGGAUCAAUUAGGGCAGAAGUUCUUGGAGAAAAUAAAGGUGUCCUGGAACAAGAAAUACAGAAAACAGUACGGAGCAUUACGAAAGUAUUUGCAGAAUCAUCCCCAGAUAUUUCAGUUCAGUCCUGAUGAAAAUAAAGUUGGUUUAAAGGAAAAAUACAAGCUCCCAUUUAAGUUGGAUUUUCAAGGACAAAAUUUCCGAAGCCAUCCUCAGGAGAAUGGUAUCCUAUGGAACUCAGAAAAAGCACCUCUAAGGCUUGGAGAGAGUUCUGCUGGUUGCCAUUGGUUUGAUCUGAAUGAUUCAAAAGUCCAGCCCAUCAAAGAGGAGGAUAUUGAGAAACAAUUUCAGGGUAAAGAGAGUGCCUACAUGCUGUUCUACCGCAAGUCUCAGUUGAAAAGGCCUCCUGAAGCUCGAGGAAAUCCAAGGUACCGAAUUCCUGAACACCUUCUGAAUGAAAUGAAUGCUGCUAACAUGGAGCUGCAAAAAAAGAGAGCGGAGUAUGACUCAGCAAACAAUAGCAUUGAUUUACAUCUCCAUUUGGGCACAUGUUAUAAAUUUCACAAUGGGGCCUUGCAUCCUUCACUUAGUUGGAAAGAGAGUGUUCUAGAUCUGACUGUUGACAGAAGAAAAACUCUAGGAGACCUUCGACGAUCAAUUUUCCAGAUGAUGAAAUCUUGGGAAGGAGACAUGGUUCUCAGUAGUGCUAAACCUUUACCAGCAGGGCUGCACCUUUAUCAGGCACUUGAUGGAGAUGAGCUGACGCUGGACUGCUUUGGGCUGGCGGAUGGAGCAGACAUUUUUGUGUGGAAUGGGAAGGAGGUUGGUGGUGUGAAGGUGAUGGCAGGCCCUGAUCAUCAACCUGUUCUCUUAAACGUUCUUCGUUUAGUGGAGCAUAACGAAGGAGGGAAGGGUCAGCAUUUCACAGAAUCGCAGCGCGUUUUUCCAUGCAGCACAAAACUGGGCGAUCUGCGCAGAGCAUUGGCACCAGCAGGAGGAAUAAUCUUAAAGAAUGACUCAGGACAUAAAGAAGCCAAGAACUGGGAGGUUCUUCUUGAAGAACAUAUGAAGGAAACAGUCAAAACCGUUGGUCUGACAGAUGGAUGUUCGGUAUUAAUCUUGGACAGCCAUGACCAAAGCCUGGUGAAUAUUUCAAGUGGUAACUUGACUGCUUUUACGUACGACAUCAGCUGGCUCCAGGUGAAAAACUUCUGUGGAAGGGAUGAUGAGGAGAAACACGUUAAAAUUACUGCCACAAUUGAAACAGUGAUGUCAGAUAUCAAAAUGAAAGCAAUACAGGAGCUACAGCUACAGGAGGAGCUGGCAAGUGAAAGCUGUCUUAGACCUGUUGGCAGAAAUGGGAAACUUCUCUCUCCAGUGCCUGAAGAUUAUACUGUCAAGGAGGCAGAACUGAAAAUGGGAAGCUUGCUGGGGCUGUGUCAUGGAAAAGCUCCAACUUCCACUCAGCUCUUUUUAUAUUUUCUUAUUGAACGUGAGCACUGUACGAGCCCUGAGAUGGAAAUCGUUGUGGAAGAGACUGCCUCUGUGAAAGAAUGUUUAAAUUUAAUGCUGGAAAAAUCUGGAUUAUCAGGUGACAGCUGGCAUUUGAGAAGGAUGGACUGGUGCUUUGAAGCAGGAGAAGCUUUAAGUCAGGAAAAUGCUACUCUGAAGGAACUUAAUGUUUGCAGAGGAGAUACUUUGGUUGUAACUGAAGGAAAGCUUCCACCGAAGGGUUUCUUGAAAAUUCCUAUUUGGUGGUUGAAGUUUUCGAGUCAAACGAAACGUGAAGAGAAGGCACGAGACCAGGUGAAUGGGAUGACCUGCAAGAUGGAUGCUUUGCAAGUUUCUCCUGCAGGAGACUCACCAGAACGCAUCCAAGCAGACCUGGAUCUGUGCUAUGCUGGCAUUACAGAAAUAGCAGGCGAAUCUUCCUUGGAAGAUCUGAAGAUGCAGGCUCUGACCUUAACACAGUGCCCAGAGCACGUUAUCCCACUGCCCACAUUCCUCAGAGCCUGGACGGUGGAAAACAGGCGCCCAGGCAGGCUGCUACGACACAACAAGCAGCAACUCAGUGAAUAUAAGCUGGGUGCCAGAGUGGAAAUCUGCAUAGAACCUUUGCAGAAAGAAGAGAACUUGGGCCCACAUGAAUUGCUGCUUCGAGUACAGAUGGGCAUACCAGGGGAAAGGGACUACUAUGACUCCGUGGAUUUGGUGUGGAACAUCUCCAAAGAAUGCACUACCUGGGCACUGAGGCAAAGAGUGGCUUCUCACUAUUGUCUCCCUGUAGAUAAAAUUGAAAUAGCCAAAUACUUCCCUGAAAAAUUUGAGUGGCUGCCAAUAUCUGGCUGGACCCAGCAAAUUUCGAAGAGAAAACGGAAGAAAAAACAGGAGAGUUUACAGUCAGCCCCUUAUCACCUGAAAGAUGGAGAUGUCAUCGGGGUGAAGAAUCUUCUCCUUGAUGACAGUAAGGACUUCAGCACAGUGAGAGAUGACGUUGGAAAACAGAAGCAAAGGCAGCUUGCAUUAGAGAAAAAGAAAAGUCAGCAAGCUGAACGCUCCCAGGCCCAUGUUGUAUCUGAGGAAAAACUGAAUGUUAAGCAACGUAAACCAGAAGUGGCUCUUUCCAUCAACGUGGGAGUUUUCAGAUAGCACCUGGAGAUGAUUUGCUGAGCAGAACAUAGCACCAGUGUGCCACAUGUGAGUGCCUCAACUGGACCAGCAAGAGGGAUGCUUGUGCUCAGAGAGUCAUCAGGAAUCACCGAGAUAAACUGGAUAUAAGAUUUGGGAUAACUGUGAUCUGCUUCUAAUCUCUCUGAGGAAGUGCUUCAGCAUCCCUUAAUCGACGUGGUACUUAUUCUCAGGCUAGGUAAAUGCACUUUAUCCAUGAGAAAGCCGACUAAUAUAUUGUAUUACCUUUCGAUGACUGUUUUGUAACCACCUUAAAUGCUUCUUUUGUCAGAUGCUGAUGCACCAUCACCACAAAGUUAGCUGCAUUUUUGAGUGCAGUCUUAGAUGUCUCUUUCUAGAAGUUACUUUUUCUUCCCUGAUCAUUGAGAUUACUAACGAUACCAGAAUUUACUUUUGUCUCUUUAUAUCUAAACACAAAUCUGUGGUAACUUUUCUUGGUGUCACACGGUUGAUUUACAGCCUCUGUCACAGAAUGGGACGUAUGCAGCCAACUGGCAGCUGAACUCAGUGUCAAAGGUUCUUAAAUAUUGAAGUGAAACAUUUACUAAGUGCUCGUAAGAAUGGACCUCGUAGCUGAUGGGAGACCUGCCUCUCUUACCCCUGGGGCUGGGAAUCAGGGUUUGUCAAGAGCAGAUGUUUCAGCACCUUGAGAUAAACUGUAGUGCUCACAGUACUUAGGCUGUGUUUCCCCACUGCAUGUGGAUAUUCGUUACCCAAUUUCUCAUCAGGUUCAGAAUGUUUGUUGAGUACAACUAGUGCUGACAAACUCACCAGAAUUCUUAAUGAGGUUAAUUGGUUGUAAUCAAAUUCUAAGCAUAUUUUCAAUGAUGAGGUGAAGGUGGAAUAGUGGAUGGUUAACAGAAGCCUUUCCACGCAGUAGUGGAGAGCUCGUGGUGUGUGGUGUGCUUACCUUGCGCUGCUGGAAACCUGUGCAAAUUGACUGCUGUAUGAAUGAAAUCUGCCAUGAGACUCUAUGAAGCCUUGCUGAACUGCACAAAUGUCUGGAAAGCUGUUUUGAGAUGAGCAAAUCAGUGUUCGAAAGUAACUACUGAACACAGCCUGAAGUAUCCUUAAUUAAAACUGUGAUAAUGAGCGAGCAAAUGCAGUUCAUCUGGGGACACUGCUGUGCUUGAUCUGUUAUCUGUGUGGAGAGGAUUUUGAAGAAGUUGCCAAAACAGCAGGCUGCUAAAGUUUGGGCUAAUGUGAGAAGGUCUUCUGAUUUACUUUUUGUAGAUUAACAGGAUUCUGGUAUUGAGGACAAUUUAAAGACAAAAACUGAUGUUCUUAGUUAUGAACAAAAGCAAGCAAAAGAAGUCAAAACCGCAUGCAUUAGUCUUCAUUUUUCUUAGGUAUCUUUGAAAUUCAGCAGAUGCUUCUGGGCUUUCUUAGGCUGUUUCCACCCAGGAGCUAUUUUAAUUUUAACUUUCCCCCUCAUUUCUGGUUGUAGGUAUGCUGUACUCGAAUCUUGAAAUCCUUGUUUUGAUAGAUUUCUUUUUUCUGAUUGAGAUGAGAGCAGCCAUUUUAUUUCCUUUCCAGCUCUGCUUGCUUGCCCUAACUUACUUUGCAGAGCCUUCUUCCGUAUCAACAAGCAUUCUUCUGAGCCAGGUUUACAAGAAAUUAUGACUAUGCUGAUUACAAAGGCAAAGGAGAAAGCGUUUUGUCUGCAGGCUGUUCCAUUGCACUGCACCUACUUUGCUGCCACUUUAACUCCUCCAGUUCCACGCUGGACAGCUGUUUUGAGCUUAAUCUGACUGCUUUGUAAUAACUCUGAUCUGCUCUUGAAGAUGUGAGCUUUGGAGAAAGUCAGAUAGGGGUUACAAAGUAUGGACGUGGGAAUCCUAGUAUGUGCCUUUGUUGAAGUGUGAUGUAGCAGCUCCUGCACUGAACCAAUCUUGAGUUAUUUCUAACGUUGGCUCAAAAUGCACAUUUUUUUUCCUUAAAACUGUUGUGGAUUGCUCCACAACGGAAGAGUUAAUUGAAAAGGGGGUGGGGAAAGGGAACACCUUUUAAAAAUGGAGUUUUUGUGAUUCCGUGCUUUGUGAUGGUUAUAUUCCAAAGCCUGGAAAAACUUCCAUCUUUAUUUUUCAAGUGAUCUUUGCAAAAUAAAGAGUGACUUACAGAUG